UAAAGUAAGAUACUUAGUCGGGUUUUGUUGGCCACAGCAUUCGGACAGAUUUUAAGGAGUAUCUAAAAUAUUCAAGCGUAAAACUUUGAUUUUGAAAAGAGUGCUCCAAAGUGUAUAAAAUAUUUAAAAAAAGAAAAACUUAGUUUGCUAGUUAGAUUGACAAGCUUAAAUAAAUAAUUCAAAAAUUAAAUUAAAUUCAAAUUAUAGUUUGCUAAAAACCGUUAAAAUAGAAGUGUGAUAUCUUUAAAUUUGUGUUUUUCUUCUUGAGACCGUUAAAUUAAAAGCAUAUAGUAAAAUGGGAAAAACUCCAGCAAUUGGUAUUGAUUUGGGUACAACAUAUUCCUGUGUUGGAGUUUGGCAACACAACAAGGUCGAGAUCAUAGCUAAUGACCAAGGAAACAGAACAACUCCCAGCUAUGUGGCUUUCAAUGACACCGAAAGGUUAAUCGGUGAUGCAGCUAAAAAUCAGGUAGCAAUGAAUGCCAAAAAUACCGUCUUCGAUGCCAAGAGAUUGAUUGGUCGUAAGUUUGACGAUCAAAAAAUUCAAGACGAUAUGAAACAUUGGCCAUUCAAAGUUAUCAAUGAUAAUGGAAAACCCAAAAUUGAGGUUGAAUUCAAGGGCACACGAAAGGUAUUUGCUCCAGAAGAAAUUAGUUCCAUGGUUUUAGUGAAAAUGAAAGAAAUUGCUGAAGUAUACUUGGGUGGAAAGGUUUCCGAUGCUGUCAUCACAGUACCAGCAUAUUUCAAUGAUUCUCAGCGUCAAGCCACAAAAGAUGCUGGAUCAAUUGCUGGUCUCAAUGUCCUUCGUAUAAUCAACGAACCAACUGCAGCCGCUUUGGCUUAUGGUUUAGAUAAGAAUCUGAAGGGAGAAAAGAAUGUUCUUAUCUUUGAUUUGGGUGGAGGUACAUUUGAUGUAUCAAUUCUGUCAAUUGACGAGGGAUCGCUGUUCGAGGUAAAAUCAACAGCAGGAGACACUCAUUUGGGUGGUGAAGAUUUUGACAAUCGACUUGUUACUCACUUUGUUGAAGAAUUCAAGAGGAAGCACAAGAGUGAUUUGCAUGGAAAUAUUCGUGCUCUUCGGCGAUUGCGAACAGCCUGUGAACGGGCAAAGCGUACCCUAUCAUCGAGCACUGAGGCUUCUAUUGAAAUUGAUGCUCUGCAUGAUGGCAUUGACUUUUAUUCAAAAAUAAGCAAAGCUCGUUUUGAGGAGCUCAAUAUGGAUCUCUUCCGAUCCACAUUGCAACCUGUUGAAAAGGCUUUAAAUGAUGCCAAAAUGGAUAAGGGGGCCAUCAAUGAUGUAGUUUUGGUUGGAGGCUCAACUCGCAUUCCAAAGAUCCAGAAGUUGCUACAAGACUUCUUUGGGGGAAAACAGCUUAAUUUGUCUAUUAACCCAGAUGAAGCUGUGGCUUAUGGAGCCGCUGUUCAGGCUGCUAUUUUAACUGGUGUUGGAAGUUCUCAGAUCCAGGAUGUACUUCUUGUAGACGUUACACCACUAUCGUUGGGUAUUGAAACAGCUGGAGGGGUGAUGACAAAAUUGAUCGAAAGGAAUGCUAGGAUUCCUUGCAAACAGCAACAAACUUUCACAACCUACAGUGACAACCAGAAUGCCGUUACCAUACAAGUGUACGAAGGAGAACGAGCCAUGACCAAGGAUAAUAACUUGUUGGGAACAUUUAACUUAACCGGUAUUCCACCUGCACCAAGAGGAGUUCCAAAAAUUGAAGUAACCUUUGAUUUGAAUGCCGAUGGUAUCCUUAAUGUCUCAGCAAAGGAUAACAGUACUGGAAAGUCGGAGAAAAUUACCAUUACAAAUGACAAAGGACGCCUUACCAAAGCUGAAAUCGACAAAAUGUUAUCCGAGGCAGAGAAGUAUAAGGAAGAAGAUGAAAAGCAAAAGGCAAGGAUUGGUGCCCGGAAUGCCUUGGAGGGUUACAUCUUUAGUUGUAAGCAGGCAACAGAAGACGCUCCAGCUGGCAAGCUAACCGAUGCAGACAAGGCUACUGUGCGUGAAAAAUACUCUUCGGAAAUUGCCUGGUUGGAUCGCAAUGCAUUGGCUGAAAAAGAGGAGUAUGAUGAUCAUUUGAAAGACUGCCAACAAGUAUGCGGACCAAUUAUGGCCAAAAUGCAUGCACAAGCUCCAGGUGGUGGUUGUGGAGCAACUGCUGGUGGUCAAUCAUGUGGCCGAGGCGGUCCUUCAGGGCCAACUGUUGAAGAAGUCGAUUAAACUAAAUAUUAAAUAUAAAUAAUAUGUUUAUUGAAUAUUUGUAGCUUUUAGAAUUGUAUUAUUUUGCCUGUUUUUUAUUAAAUGUUUUUUAUUAUUCAUUUACAA